AUGACAACAGAAAGCUCCGUGCAGAACUUUCCGGCUCAGUGGCGCCAAAGCCAAACGCCGAACGCCAAUCUGUCGUUGCAUCAUCACUGGGACCAAUCCAAUGGCUUUGAGGAGGAGGAGGGCAGCAGCACGAGCUCUUUGGUUCUGAGACGACGGUUUAAAGAAGCUCUGAGGUCCAACGUCAUACGACCCCCACUUGGCUCGUGUUCGUUCUUCUGUCUAAACGGAGGUCAGUGUGUGAACUCUGAGUCAUGUGACUGCAGUCUGUUCCAGGCCACAGGUCAGAGGUGUCAGACAGUGCCUAACCAGGGCGCUGAGAGGGAGAUGACGUGUCGCAGUUGGGGUCAGUUCAACUACGAGACGUUUGAUGGACUUUACUUCAGAUUCUCAGGACGCUGCUCCUACACUCUGCUGCGGGACUGUGAGGACUCCAGGCUCAGUGUACAGGUGACCUCUGACCUCUGCUGCGGGACUGUGAGGACUCCAGGCUCAGUGUACAGGUGA